AUGCUUUCAGGUUUGAAGUUCAUACCCCGGGAUCAGAUUGAUGAUAAAACACAUGAUGAGAAGGUGAAUGAUUCAGAUACGAAGAAAAUUCAUAAGAAGAAAAAGAAGCAUAAUCAGAGUAGUUCAAGUGACGAUGGAUCUCAAAGAAUAAAGAAAAAGUCUAAAAAGAAAUGGUAUUCCUCUGAAGAAGAUUCAUCUUCAUAUUCUGAUGCAAGUGAAAGUGGUAGUGAUCAGGAUACAAAGUCACAUAGAAAAAGGAAAAAAGAAAAGAAGCACAAGAAGGGCAAGUCAAAGAAGUCAAGGAGAAAAGAAUACUCUAGUGAUAAUGAUAAUGCUAAAGAAGAUAAAGCAGUUGAUAAAAGCCAUAAAAAUGAUGAGAAUAUUAUAAGAAAAGAAUUGGGAAUGGAGUGGAUGCUUAGACCUAAAGAUAACAUGGAGCAAAAACCUUCAUCAGUAUCAACUUCUGAUCUUCUAGAAGAAUCUCCUGCCAAAGAGAUUAAAAAGGCGAAUCCAAGAGAACUGAAUCCUUAUUUCAACAAUGAUGGAAGUGGUUACCCUGAAGAGGAGGCAGAAGUAGCAAAUUCUGGAGAUUCUAAUCUUCUAUCAACUUCUGUAGUAGGUGAUGGAGGUGCCAGCUGGCGACUUAAAGCUUUGAAACGUGCUCAAGAACAAGCAGCUCGUGAAGGAAAAAAACUUGAUGAGGUGGUUGGAGAGAGAUGGGGGUCUUUAGGUAAAUUAACAGUUUCUGUAGCAUCAGGUUCUGCUGCUCCAUCUCGUGCUCAUCUUCAUGCCAUAAAGAACAGACAAAGACUGCAGACUAAGGAUCAGAAAACACUACCAGAAAAUCAAACUGAGAACGAAAGGGAUAGAGAGAAGGGGACGCCUAGUCAGCAUGGUAAUAAAAUGAGAGUGCCAAGAUCUGAUAACUCUUUAUCAUGGGGGAAGAAGAAAAGUCAAAGCAUGUCAAUGAAGAACACUGAUGCUGAUGUCAUCUCUUCUGCAUUAGCUAGCUUACAAAAGUUCUCCAAUGAUGGAAGUUUCUUGAAUAAAUUCAAAUCUCAAAAAGAUGAUGAUUUGAAUUUGAUUUCUUCUACAAAUGUGUCAAAAUCUGAAGAACAACCUUCUCAUAAACAAGAUACAGAUACACACAUGAAACCUCCAAUGAGUGCAAAUCAGUUAGCUGCUAAAGUUAUGCAGUUACGUAUGAAAGGAAAGCAUGAUGAAGCUCAGAAACUUUUUGAGGCAGAAGAGUAUAAAGCGAAAAGCAAAGAAGCUGAUGUCAUCACAACAAACCCAGAAGGUGAUGGAACCACAAGCAGGUACAUGAUGCAUGGGAUAAAAGCACGAAAAGAGAAGAAAGAAGAAGAUGCAGACAUGCAUGUAGCUCGAUCCAUAAUGCAAAACAAACAGUACAUUGGUAUAUCAGGUCAGGCAGAUGAUGAAUACGAAUAUGAUGAUGGAGUGGGACCCAAGAGAAAGAAAAAGGGUAAAACCGUCAAUACAACUCAAAAUACGCGUUUUGAAAAACGCAUUUUGACCCAACAAGAACGCUGCAGCUUUUGCUUUGAAAACCCUAAAAGGCCACGUCAUCUUGUUAUUGCAAUCGCGAAUUUCACAUAUCUGAUGUUGCCUCAGUGGCAGCCUGUUGUUCCUGGCCAUUGUUACAUUUUGCCAAUGCAGCAUGAGCUGGCAACAAGAAGUGUGGAUGAUAACGUGUGGGAUGAAAUACGAAACUUCAAGAAAUGUCUUGUGAUGAUGUUUGCAAAGCAAGAAAGGGAAGUUGUGUUUCUUGAAACGGUGAUGGGAUUGGCAAAACAGACCAGACAUUGUUUAAUAGAGGCAAUCCCUUUGCCUCCAGAUGCUGCGAAACAGGCUCCUCUGUAUUUUAAAAAGGCAAUUGAUGAAGCGGAAGAGGAAUGGAGUCAACACAAUGCGAAGAAAUUAAUUGAUACGAGUGAAAAGGGUUUGCGACACUCUAUACCGAAAGACUUUCCGUAUUUUCAUGUGGAGUUUGGUUUGAAGAAAGGGUUUGUUCAUGUGAUUGAUGAUGAAUCAGAAUUCAAGAGCAAUUUUGGUAUUAAUGUAAUAAGGGGGAUGCUUCAGUUGCCUGCAGAAGACAUGCAUCGUCAUCGCCAGAAACACGAGUCUAUGGACACACAAAAAGAAGCGGCUGCUAAUUUUGGGAGAGAUUGGGAGCCUUUUGAUUGGACCAAGCAACUUGAUUAGCACAUGUUUAGUUUGAUUUUUAAAUUUAAUUUGUAAGCAUAUGUGACUAAUUAUUAUUUUUUAUUAUUAAAUACAUGUGACAAUUUUAUCAACCACCUACUUUUCAUAACCCCUACUCAAUUUCGAAAUUUCCAUCUCUAGUUCUUUAUAUGUGUAAGCUCUUAUUUAUUUAUUUGUUAU